AUGGACGCCUCUCCGAGUGAUUCCGUCAUGAAGAUGGAUGACUCCAAGGACCAAAGCCACAACGAGACCUGGGCCCUCGAGGAGCCGCAGCCUGUGCGGCGGCGCUCGGGUUUGUUGACCGUCGUGAUUGCUGGACUUGCGCUGUUCAGUGAUGGGUACAAUGCUCAAAUCAUCGGCUACAUGGAGCCUCUCUUCUCGGUCCUUUACAAGGAUGGCAUGUCGUCGACCAUCAAGUCUCGCCUUUCCAACUCUUACUUAAUUGGCGAGAUCUUCGGCAUGCUCUUCUUCGGUGUCUUGAUUGACCGCAUCGGUCGUCGCACGGGAAUUGUGGCGGCCACCGUUUUGUUCAUUCUCGGCAUCGUUCUUGCCACGGCUGCUCACGGGUCCUCACAGCUAGGAAUGUUCUGGAUGAUGAUUGUGGCGCGCGGUAUCGCUGGCUUUGGCGCCGGUGGUGAAUAUCCCGUUUGUGCCACCAGCGCUACCGAGGCAGCCGACGAAACAGCUCAGCUGCGCAAGCGGCGAGGCUUCCUGGUGGCAGUAAGCACCGAUUUCGCUGUGGAUUUGGGAUUCGUUGUGGCAGGGCUUGUGGCAUUGAUUGUCCUAGCAUGCUAUCAUCAGCAGAAUUCGGAAGGAGUCUGGAGAGUUGCCUUUGGGUUGGGCAUCGUGCUGCCGCUUUCGAUCUGCUUCUUCCGUGUUCGCAUGAUCAACUCCACCCAGUACAGGAAGCACGCCAUCAAGUCGCAAUACCCCUAUGGAUUGGUUUUGAAACGCUACUGGAAGCCCAUGCUCGGUACAUCCUUGGCCUGGUUCUGCUACGAUUUUGUGACAUACCCUUUCGGACUUUUCUCCUCGACAAUCGUGGAGCAGCUCAACCCGAACAACACCACCGUCCAAAACAUCGGAUACGGAACUGUGGUCAAUUGCUUCUAUCUUCCGGGAUGUCUCCUGGGUGGGCUUUUGAUGGACCGAAUUGGUCGAAAGCAGAACAUGACACUCGGCUUCCUGCUCUGGGGCGUGUGGGGAUUCAUUCUUGGUGGAGCCUUGCCGCAAAUCCAAAGGAUUUUCCCCUUGUUCAUCGUGAUGUACGGCAUUUUCCAAGCACUGGGUGAGAUGGGGCCCGGCGUCUCCACUUUCCUGUGUGCUGCGGAGUCUUUCCCGACUCCUCUGCGAGGCCAUUUCCUUGGAUUCGCGGCGGCAGUUGGAAAGGCGGGUGCAUCUAUCGGCACUCAAGUCUUCACGCCGAUUCAGGAUUCCUUCUCGUCUACGGAGAAGGGCCAACAGGCCGUGUUCCUCAUCGGGGCUGCUUUUACGGUGGUUGGUGGAAUUCUCUCCUGGAUUUUGAUCCCCGACAUGUCUCGCGAGUUGGAGACGGAAGAUGCUCGCUUCAAGGCUUACUUGGAGGAGCAUGGCUAUGAUAUUAGCCUGUACGGAGAAGCCUUGGUGGUGAACCCCAGGGCAUCCACUUGA